UCUAUCAUUAAUUUUAUUACGUAACUUUUUUCCCUGUGGAUAAAAUAGUCAACUUAUCAAGGUAUUUUUUAAUAAGCUCCAAAUGCAAUAUGUGUAUCUUCAGUAUAUUGACAAUAUGAAUAUUUUUUUCUAUAUAACAACGCACAACGUAUGAUGUUAUUAAGUUACGAGCCAUGAAAAUACUUUACAAAUGCCUUCAUGAAUUUUAUAAUAUCGACAGAAUAGACAAUAUAAUUCUUUGGAAAAAAUUAACAAAUAAAACAUAACAUUUUUUGUCAUUCUUACAAAUAAUAUGAAACAAUUAUAUUUUUGUGCAAAUAUUUAAAAUCUUAUUGAUUGUUGAAACUUUCUAAAUAAUGAUGCUACGUUUGUUUGACAAUCAGGAUUAUUCGACAUUAGAUGCUAUGCCAAACAUAUGUAUGGAGAAUUGUGAAAUACGGAACUAUGAUUAUUUGGAAAAAUGCAUCAGUAAUCUUGAAAAUAAAGAUUCUGGGGUAGCACAGAAUACCACAAACACCACAGACAUUGGUUUACAAGACAACUUGGAUGAUGUUAAUUUGAAUAACAUUGAUUUUCAUUUCAUGAAAAUUGAAAACUUGCUCUUGCAAAAUGCCGAAGAAUCUAAAAAUUAUACAAAGAGCAAAGAAAUAAAACAAGAAAAGUCAUCAGAUGUUAAUAUUUUAACCUCAAUUCAAAAUUUUGACACUGUGAAUCUAGAUUUCAAUACCUUUCCAUGUAAUUUAAACAAAGAAUCAAAUGAUAUAAUAACUAUUAACAAGAAUGAAUCUUAUAUAUUUAACAAAAAUCUAACAACUCAAUGUUUAGAUAAAAAGCCAAUAAUAGAGAAUUAUAAUUAUUCUACCAAACUUCACAUAGAGAAUAAUAAUGGAAAUGUGCAUCCUAAUAUAAAUAAAGAUAUCAAUUUUAUGAGUCAAAAUGUUACAUUCAAAAUGAAACAUGGAAUUAGGAUUGAUAAUCUUCCUCUGGAGUCAUCAAAUGGAAAUGAACAAAUUCAAAAGUGUGAACAAUGUCUAAUGACAUUCAGAUAUAAAAGACAUUUAGAUCGUCACUUGGAAGGCCAUCAAAAAAAUAAUUGCUCUCAUUGUGAUGAAAAAUUUGCUAGACGGAAGCAUCUGGAGGUUCAUUUAUUUCGUGUGCAUGGGGAAAGAGUGGUCAGGCAUGCUCAUUUGUGUGAUGCAUGUCCUAAAAGUUUCCCUAAACGUGCUCUCUUGAAUCGUCAUAGAGCAAAACAUAACUACCAAAGUGGUAAAGUCUGUUCCGAAUGUGGAGAAAUGAUAAAUGCAAAUAUAGAUAAAAAAGAGCAUGAGGAAUAUCACUGUAUAAAGAGGCAAUUUAAAUGCCAACAAUGUUUGCAAACAUUUAGUAUCAAACAGACAUAUUUGUCCCAUAUUCAAAAUCACAAUAAUUAUAAAUGUCCCAAUUGUAAUGUCAGUUUUGCAUCAAAAAAGAAAGCACAUGAGCACUUUAAGGCAAUUCAUGUACCAAAGUUAAGCAAGUCAGAAUCGAUAAAUAAUGGUGAUCCAUAUUUUUGUGACAAAUGCAGACAUACAUUUAUCAAGAGAGACGACUAUCUUCGGCAUUUGGAAUCUGCAUUGCAUCUAAGUAAAAUUAAUAGGGACAUUCCUAUACGAGCUAUAUUUUCAUGUGCAUUCUGCUUGAAAAAAUUAAUCACGCAAAGAGCUUUGGAUCAACACAUCAGGCGUAUUCAUAAGGGCGAAAAGCGAUUUGUGUGUAAUAUAUAUGGAUGUACAUUUCAGUGUGCCAGAAGAACAGAUCUGGAUAGACAUAAACAGCUGCAUAUAGAAGAGCGAAAUAUCGUGUGCGAGCAUUGCGGCAAGACGUUUACCAGCAUCAGUAUUCUUAAGGAUCAUGUACUUUAUAUUCAUAAUAAAGAGCGCCAAUUUAUUUGCGAAGUGUGCGGCAAAGCGUUCAAGAGAAACAGUUUACUCAAAAGGCAUAAAUUGUCACACGAGCAACAUCGGCCGUUUGUCUGUAUGCAAUGCAAUACCGCAUUUAAACGCUCCCAUCAUCUCACUCGUCACAUGGAAACCUGUCACAGAAUUAUACUGAAAAAAAAGAAAAAGGUGGUAAAGCUCAUGAAAACAGAAGAUGGUCAUCUUGUGCCAGUGCCAGAAAAGCUAAACAAAUUAAGCUGUAAUAAAGUUAAAAGUGAAAAAAAGUGUGAAUCAACUGUAAAGAACAGGAAGAAAAAUUGCUCAAUUACAAAUAUAGAUGAACAAGUUAUAAAUGUUGAUCCACCGCUGAAAGUACAGUCACUGUCAAACUCUGAAGAAAACUCUGAAUGCUCAAGUCUAUCGCUAGAACUCACGAAUUUAUCUGUUAUCGAUUUUAUUCCACAGAUUCUUUCAUUAGUAGAUAUAAAUACGGGACAAGUACUUACUGUAGAAGUCGCUAAUCCAGAAGUUUUACCUACUGAUGAACUCACUGAAUUUGGAACAAGUUGUAGUGAAUUAUUGAAUUUACCAGAUUAUCAAGAUAUAGAAUUUCACAAUAGUCUUUUAAAUGCCGAUCAAACAUAUUGUACAAACAUAUCGGAGGACAAUAUAAAUUAUUCGGAAGUAUCCGAAGUAUUAUUAGAAAAUAUCGAAGGUUCGUUCUCUCUUAUAAACAAUAACGGUAAGAUGGAAACAAUUGAAAAUUAUUUAACAAAUGAUUUUUCACCGUUUCUUAAUAUUUAAAAAUUUGCAGAAAA